AUGCAACAGAGGGGCACAAUCGUUACCGUGGAUUCUGAGGAGGGUGAAAAUCCAUCGUCUUCACCACCAUCUAGAAGCAGACACAACUCGAAACCGAAAGUCCUAGUCAGGAGCCAUGCGAUGCGCGAGGAGACGUCCCCGCCGCGUGAGCCCAGCCCCCACCGCCCGCCUCGCCUCCACCACCGGCCGCCCUCGCCGCGAAUCGAGCUCGUCCCCUCCCCGGGACCGCCCGACCCGCCCCACCACCAACACCGGCUGCCCUCCCCGCCCGCUGUCGUGCUCAGCCCGUCGCUGGGGUCGCCCGGGCGGGGGCAGUCGCCCGCGGGCACGAUCGUGCCGUCGCCGAGGCCGAUGUCGAGGGGCUCGCCGGAUCGGGGCGUGGAGCCCGAGAAUGAGGCGAGAUUUGUGACCUCGAGUCCCAACUUGACAAAUAAAUUAAACAAUUCGAAAAACGGGGACUUAUCGAAACAAGCUAGUCAUAGUUUUAGGAAAAAGUACGUAUGUGAUUGCCAAAACCAGAACUGCCUGAAAUGUGUCAACACUCAGGAGAGAAACAUCAAUAAUAACUUAACGAACGUCAAUAAUAAUGUGAUGGGAAGCCCUAACAUGCUGUCAGUGUCAAAGACAAAUGGGCGAGGGAAACUGAGGCAACAGAGCUCGUCACAAGGGAGUUUUGAAAGUUCAUCUAUGUCUCCCUGUCUAUCUAGAGAUAGUAGUACGGAGCAAUAUACUGAUACGACAGGCAUAGAUUUAGAAAUGUUUAUACCAGAAACACUAAAUAGAAACGCUAAAGAUAGAGCACUCAUGCUUCGUAUAGAACAAGAACUAGUCAAUCUUGCCAAAGAUAGAAUGAAGACGCACUACAAGUUUCCACCGAUGUCCUCAUACCAGCGAAUGUUAGUUCACAGGUGUGCAGCUUACUUUGGAAUGGACCAUAACAUAGAACCCACUGGAAAGUCCGUAGUCGUCAACAAAACGAAAUGCACGCGAAUACCUGAAGUAGAGUUCAAGGAACACAUCAAGGAAGAUAUUAUUUUUAGCGAAGAACCUAGGCGGUCCAUUUUAAAAAGAGAUUCGAGUAGUAUCGAAGAUUAUAGCUUUAAAUCACCAGAUAGGUCGUACAGCUUAGAAAAUAGGAGGAGUAAAAGUUUCGAAGAAAGGGAAGAGGAGUAUGAAAAAGUUAGACGGAGAAUCUUCAAUAGAGAGAUGCACGAUGGAUCUUCCGAGGAUUUUGGUUGGACUGAAAUGCCCUGGUCAAGUACAGAAAGUGACUGCUCUGCUCGCUAUAGGUUGCAACCCCCAGAAAUGUACCGACGACAAAUGGGAAAAUUAAUCAAAGGUCAUUCCGAAGAAACGGGGGAAGCACAAAGGCCAUGCGUGGCAAAGAGUUAUAGUUUCGGAGGGUACGGGGGAGGGGUUUCAGUUCUCAGUAGGGGGGACAGCGUCAUGUCUACUCACAGUGCUGGUCCAAGGCUCUUAACAAAACAAGAUUCGGCGGCCAGCUCGGUCUCGUGGCGGCUGAGUCCUUCGAGCUCCGGCUACAAGUCCCAAUCGCAGAUGUCAGAAUCGGUGACGCCGUCGCCGACGUCGACGCCGCAUCCGACGGCGGAGGGCGCCGGCGUCGAGACGCUGACGGCGAGCGACGAGUCGGAGCGUCACGUGGUGUGGGCCGUGACGGACAUGCAGAACGUGCCCAAGGGCAGUAUCAUCAUCAACCCGCAGACUGGUAAACCACUGAAGAACGAGGACGGCUCCCUCUACCAUUACGACCCGCACAACCCUCCUCCUGGCCUGGGUCAUCCCACCUCCAAACCCCCGCCUUCCCCCCAAAAACCACCCCCAAGAGAAAUUCAGUACUCUCCCAAGAAACCCCGCUCCGUCAAAUCCUCCCCGACCAGAAAAUCCACCCUGACGAACAGCUCCACCAGCCCCAGCCUGCCAUUCACCCCGCCGCUGGCAGCCGCCCCGACGCCCCCGAGGGGCUACCCCUACGUGCCCGGGGAGAACGCGGGGGGCGUGCCCCCCCAGCAGUUUGGGGGGUAUCAGGGGGGGUACGCGCAGCCGCCUGCCGCCGAGACCGGACCAGUUUUUUCGCAACCUUAUCUCGUUUACACUGCCCCAUAUGGUGUUCAUGUCCAGCAGCAGUACGAUGGGAGGAUGGACGUCCCGCCAGUGCCAGAAAUGGCGAGCACUUAUUACCUGCCGGACAGUGGCUGUCCACCUCCUGCACAGUCCAUCGCCUAUCAGCAUGCUCAGCCGGCCCAUUACUGGAAUCAGCCUGUAGCUUUCUACCAGAAUAGCGCCCAUCCAGCUACCAAUACACCUCCGCAAAGAUUUUCCUCGGCACCGAUGUCGGCCGCACACGGACAGCAAGGUUACUUGCCUACAGGAUAUCCUUCCAACUAUAUAGCAGCUCCUUCACAACCUCAAGCAGGUCAAUCCGAGCUAGUGCCAGUCUAUCCUAAUCAACCGCUGCAGGUCGUCUACCAGAAUCAGCCGAACCCUUCCAACCCAAUAAUCUAUCAAAAUCAGCCGCCGAUAAUCUACACGCAAAAUCCGAUGUAUUCAUCGACGUCUAAUUAUCCACCUCCACAGGUGACGCCCCAACAGAUGCCCUCUUAUCCACAGGGAACACCGACACCAAAUAGCUGUAAUUCGUCGGCUUCAGGACAAACUUACCUUCCCAGUUCCGGGCAUGAUGCACAUACUUUCCUACAACUGGCGCAGAGCAUUCAACAACUUAGCCUGGGGGCGAAUAUGCAGGGACAGGGAUUCUUGACCAAUAAAGGAACACAGAUACCGCAAUACGAAUACCGCCAGCGCGGAAGCAAUAAUACCUGCCUGAAGAGCAAGCCGUUCUGCAAGAACUUCGUCAUGGGUUCGAGCCAGAGCAGCACGGGAACCAGCUCGCCCGCCGCCACCGUCAUAGCCGGAUACUGCCCCCCACAAAACCCCAUGGGGAUGUACCGAACACCCCCCGAAACGCCUCCUGCCCAGUUCUCCGCCUAUCCUCCGAAUUUCAAUGUACCUCCAGUGAUUUUGCGGCAGAUGAGUAACCCUAGAGCAAGCACACCUGGAACAAUGAGGAGUAGUCGAUCUCCAACACCUGCCAGCGACAUCACGCAUUUUGACAGGCAACGCGUGUCAAUUCCUCCGAAUGUGUAUCAAGGGAUGCCAUACGUAGUAUCUGCUGCUGAUCCUAGGCUAAUUCCUGGCAGAGGACAACCUAACGUCUAUAGGCAACCUGUUCCUCAGAUUACGAAACCAACAGGUUUCAAUCAAGGAAGUGAUAAUAGAUCUCAUAAAAACCGAAAGACAAAAAGUAAUAAAAUGUCAGGUUUGCCACCAAGCGGGAAAUAA